AUUUUUUACUCCAUCUCCAAUUCAACAUUUUUUUCUGAUUUCCAUUUUUGAUUUUCUUCGACAAUCGUUUCAAUUUCUCUUCGAUUCUUGUACUUAUGAGCUUAAAUUGGAGUUCAGUAUCAGGGAAAGUUUUCAGACUUUGGUUUCUUUGAAGUAUCCAAAGAGAUUUUUCUUCGAGGAAGAGGGGGAAUGAUACUUUCAGCUAGAAGCAUUGGGUUCUUUUGAAGAAGAAAUUUUGAGGGUUUUGUUUCUUCUAGAUUUGAAUUUGAUGGAUUAGAAGAGUCUACUGAUCUUGGACUAGAAAGUUCUUUGGUGAAUGAUGAGUCAUGCGAUUUGAUUCUUUUACGUUAUUUUUAUUUCUAUUGUAUUUUACUAUUUGGUUCUAUGUUUUUGGAGUAGUUGGUCUUUUGGAUGUGAGAAAUGAAAUUAUCUUUUAACAAAAAAGGAUUGGGGGUUCUGUUGUCUCUGGAACUGGGUUUAAUUACGUAAGGGAAUUGUGGAACUAAGGACGGCAAUGGAAGCCCAUUGGGUUCGUCGAUCUGGAAACAAUUGAUUUGAUGAUGAAUAGGGAAGUAGAAAGUGGGAGUGUGAGAUGCUUUUUGAGGUGAAGAUAAUUGUUGUUGGUAUUGGAUUUUAAUGUGAAGGAGAAAUUGGUCAAUUGAAGUUAGAAACUAAAGUAGCAGAGUAGUUUUGAGGGUGAAUUUGAGGCUUCUUUUGUUCUUGAAGCUGAACUGUUCUUAAAAAUGGAUGAGACUGAAGAUGAUGCAAGGUACCCACCAAACCCAUAUGGUGUGAAUCACCAGCAGCAGGGUUAUGGUUCUUCGAACAGACAGAAACUUCCGGUGAGGAAUGCUCCGUACUCUAGGGCAAUUGGUAAUCAAUAUGUUGAUGACGAGGAGGAAGAAGAGAAUGAAGAAGAAGAAGAAGAUGAGGAGUUGGGAGAAGAAGAUGGAGAGAAUAAUCAAAAUAAUGGUAUCCGGUAUGUGGGAAAAGAUGUGGAUGAUGAUGAUGAUGAAGAUGAUGAUGAUGAUGAAGAGGACGCUGAUGUUGAUGAAGAAGAAGAAGAAGAUGAAGAUGACAAUCAAAAGAAUUUUAGGACUGAUGAUGUUGAUUUGGAAAGGCACCCGAAAAAACGAAAGCUAAAGAGCUUGGUUUCGAGCUAUGAAUUUGCACCUCGUCUGCCAGCACCUCCUGUUACAGCCCCUUCGGCUCCAAAACCGUCAUUUGCUGGGCGUAAUCCACUCACUGAUUGGACUGAGUAUGAAACAUUUGUUUUGCUGGAUGCUUGGGGUGAUAAAUUUUUGCAACGGGGGAGGAAGAGUCUUCGUUCUGAGGAAUGGCAAGAAGUUGCAGAGAAGGUAUCGGAGGUAUCAAAGAUUGAGAGGACUGACACACAAUGCAGAAAUCGGUUGGAUACAUUGAAAAAGAAGUACAAGAAGGAGAAGAUUAAUCUAGCAGAUACAGGCGGCAGUAUUAGCAAAUGGGUUUAUUUCAAGAAGAUGGAUAUGUUAAUGUCGACAUCUGCACAACAAGGUGGACUUUCAUGUGGGGUGGACUCAGGAGAGUAUGUUUUCAUGAACCCUAGAGUAUAUCUAAACCGUGCAAAUGGGUUGGACGAGAUGAGGGAUAGUCCAGGGAACUCGGAAUCAGCUGAAGGGGAGGAUGAUUCAGAUGGACUUCCACCCAAGAAGAGAAAGUCUGGAAGGGAACACAAUGAAGGGUCCUCGUUUAGAUUGCUUGCAGAUUCUAUUCAGAAAUUCAGUGAGAUAUAUGAGAAGAUUGAGACUAAUAAAAGGCAGCAGAUGUUGGAACUCGAGAAGAUGAGGAUGGAUUUCCAUAGGGAUUUAGAAAUGCAGAAAAGGCAGAUCAUGGAGAGAGCGCAUGCUGAGAUAGCUAAAAUUCGGGAGGGUGAAGAUGAGGAGAACGAAGUCUCUGCUGAUAAUGCCAGUGGAUAAUGCUUUCUAGACGUGAUUUACAUCUGUAACAUAGAUUAGCAUAUCUGGUGCUAGUUGUUGCUGUUGUAUAAUGUUGGGGCCAUCUUGUGCACUUAUGGUAAUUGAAUUGCUAGCAUUGUAUUAGGUAUACCAGAAGAAAUAACAGAAUGCUUGGGGGUUUAGGCAACUUUAUUUCUUGAAAGAUUUAUCCAGCACUAUUUUCUUUAUACCCAGUGUUCUUAUUGAUUGCAGUUGCCAGCAACUUAGCUGGAACUUUUAUGGAAGAUAUUUAAGUUUCUUUGCCA